ACAGCAGUGGUGACCAUGGCUCGCAUGCUGCAGCACCACGCCAUGCCCGUGGAAAGGAGCUGUGAGGUGGAGCAGUGGGAUUCAGAUGAGCCCAUCCCCAGGAAGGAGCUGGAGCGAGGCGUGGCUGGGGCACACGGCCUGCUUUGCCUCCUCACGGAGCAGGUGGACAGAACGCUGCUGGACGCCGCAGGAGCCAACCUCAAAGUCAUCAGCACAAUGUCUGUGGGCGUCGACCACUUGGCUUUGGAUGAAAUCAAGAAGCGUGGGAUCCGUGUGGGCUACACCCCAGAUGUCCUGACAGACGCCACCGCGGAACUCGCUGUCUCCCUGCUGCUCACCACCAGUCGCCGGCUGCCGGAGGCCAUCGAGGAAGUGAAGAAUGGUGGCUGGACCGCAUGGAAGCCCCUGUGGAUGUGUGGCUACGGCCUCACGAAGAGCACCGUGGGCAUCAUCGGGCUGGGGCGCAUAGGCCAGGCCAUUGCUCGGCGGCUGAAGCCAUUUGGUGUCCAGAGAUUUCUCUACUCAGGGCGCCAGCCCAAGCCUCAGGAAGCAGCAGAGUUCCAGGCAGAGUUUGUGCCCACCGCCCAGCUAGCUGCUGAGGCCGAUUUCAUCGUUGUGACCUGCUCCUUAACGCCUGCAACCAAGGGCCUCUGCAACAAGGACUUCUUCCGGCUGAUGAAGAAAACAGCCGUGCUGGUCAACAUCAGCAGGGGGGACGUGGUGAACCAGGACGACCUGUACCAGGCCUUGGUCAGUGGCCAGAUUGCAGCUGCUGGACUGGAUGUGACAACCCCGGAACCACUGCCUACGAGCCACCCUCUGCUGACCCUGAAGAACUGUGUGAUCCUGCCCCACAUUGGCAGUGCCACCCAUGGAACCCGAAACAUCAUGUCCUUGUUGGCAGCCAACAACUUGCUGGCUGGCCUGAAAGGGGAGCCAAUGCCCAGUGAACUCAAGCUGUAGCCAGACAGGAAGCACCAAGGGCCAGGCAGACAUGCCCGGAUGCUGUCGGCUGUGCCAGGCUUGAUUUGGACCCACAGGACAGGAGCCAUGGAAAAGUCCGAUCUGGGCUGAUGCUGCAGAGGGAAGACUGGUGCUGGGAGAUGUGCUCGCCACUCUUGUGGUUGGAAACGUCUGCGCCAAGUGUGUACUUGUAUUAAAUAAUUCUCUGAGA